UGGAUACCGCGCAUGUCGCCAUGUCCAGUAGCGGGGCUGCCUAUAGAGGAGCUGGACGAGCACCUCAACUUCCGCCGCGGGUACUCGCUGGGCUUCGUGGACGACGCGGAGGACAAGACGCACAUCCUGCCCGUGCUGCGAGCUGUGCUGGACCCUGCCAUGCACGCCAGGAAGCGACGCGUCCUGAUAGACCUGGGGGGGCGGUUCUUCAACUCGAGCGUCACAUGGUUCCUGCAGUCGUACCCGCUCGACUUCACAGAAAUUCAUGCCGUGGAGGUGCGACAGGGCGUCUUUCAAGUGCCCGCGCCCAGCCAUAAGACCAUACGCGCCAACAUGAGUUAUCGCAGUCGCCUGCGGCCACUCCACACAGGCCCGGCAGACUUCCCUCCUUGGCUGCUCGCCCGAGUGCACUCUCACCGCUUCAUGGCCUCGGCUAUUGACAACGCUGGGAAGAACAUAGUGAACGUGACGCGGUGGCUGCUGGAGGAGCUGCAGGUGACGCCAGAGGAUACGGUGGUGGUGAAGAUGGAUAUAGAGGGGUCCGAGUGGGACAUCUUCCAAGCCUGGUUGGACUCUCCUCUCAUGCCACGGGUGAUAGACGAGCUGUUUGUGGAGGUGCAUUACAACCACCCCUCCAUGCACUUCUUCACAUGGACGCCGCGCAACUUCCCGCACUCGCGGCAGCAAGCGGGUCAACUGCUCAACGCCAUGCGCAGUGCUGGGCACGAAGCGGGCCAGCUGCUCAACGCCAUGUGCAGUGCUGGGUACUACGUGCACGCCUGGCCAUAA